GCAAAUUGUAUUCCUCUUGCCUGUCAGAACGAUGAUUCUUUGCGUUGGGACCAGUGGUUGUGGCAAAUCAGUCCUGCUGAAAUGUCUUCAAAAUAAGAAUAACCUGGCAAAGCUCAAGGCGGAUUUGAUGAUGUCCACUAUUCCCACCGUUGGGUCCAACCUCGUCACACUAACCCGGACCCGAAUGAAAAAGAACCAAACCCUUCCACCCGAAGAAAUCAUCAUUCGAGAGGUGGGCGGAACCUUGGCUCCUCUGUGGCACUCCUAUGUGGAAUCCGGAAACAUCAAAGGGAUCUUAUUUCUGGUCGAUGCCAGUAGUCCGGAGACCAUUGGAGCUUCUACCCUUUAUAUUAUUGAGUUAAUCGGUAGCCAACCUGCCACAGUUAAUUUGGACGUGAUGGUGGUGUUCACGAAAACGGAUUUGAAGAGCGGGAGAUCUUUGUCAGAGCUGAAAGCGAUCAUGAGAUUGGACCAGAUCGUGGCCAUGACCAACCAGAAGAUCACUUCUCUCACUUUCAAUACGGAGACUAUGGCUAAUCUGGGCGAAAUCCAUGAUUGGAUCAUGCAGUUCAGUCUUCCGAAAGUGACCGUAAAGAAGUGAGCGUAAUGUGGAAACUGGUUUAUUAACGAAAUUUGUUUGAAAGUUCAAAUCGGAGCGAGGAAGGCAAAUAAACGGAUUGAAACCAAAGGUUGCGUGAGUUUUGUUGUGGUCUUCCGUGAAGUUCCGUCUCGUUUCGUUUUAAGUUUGAAACUUUUUUUUUGUGAACUUGUGAAAAGAGUCAAGAGACUGAAUUAUUUAGAAAUACAAUGAUGAUAAGAAGGAAAAUCAUGAGACUGACAUGUUAAUCAUUCAUAUAUCCAUUUUUAGGUUUAGAAUGCAAAGCGAUUACUGAGUGAGCCAAUUAAAAGAUUCAAAGUUAGCA